UACAGGUGUUCUUGUUUCUACUUUCCUCGAGAAGACUAUCGACACUUUGGCUUCUCGUCUUGUCCACAUAUUACGUCAAAGAAAGCAUAAGAAGCAACUCAACAACUUGAAGAUGAAGUUCCUUGCCAUUGAUGUUGUGGCUCUUGAUGCAGAACAAAAGCAGUUCAAAGAUCCACGCGUCAGAGAUUGGCUUCUCAGGGCCAAAGAUGUUGUGUUUGAUGUAGAGGAUCUCUUGGAUGAGAUAGAUUAUGAACUCUCCAAAAGUCAGGCGGAAGCUGAGUCUCAGAGUGCUACUAACAAGGUGUGGAAUUCCCUCAAUUCUUCUUUUGUCAGUUUCUUUGAAAUAGAAAUUGAAUCCAGGAUGGAACAAGUCAUCGAGGACCUAGAAGAUCUUGCAAACGAAAGCUAUAUUCUAGGUUUGGAAAAGGGUGGUGGUGUUGGGAUUGGAUCAGGAUCGGGUAGUAAAUUAACAUAUACGUCUUUGCCAAAUGAAAGUGUUAUUUAUGGCAGAGACGACGACAAAGAAUUUGUCUUUAACUGGCUCACAUCGGACACUCCCAACAACCUAUCUAUACUUUCUAUUGUGGGCAUGGGUGGGAUGGGUAAAACCUCUCUUGCCCAACAUGUAUUCAAUGACCCAAGACUUGAAGGUAAAUUUGAUACUAAUGUUUGGGUCAGUGUUCCACAUGAAUUUGAUGUUCUCAAAGUAUCAAGAGCAAUUCUUGACACAAUAACUGCUUCAACUGAUCAUAGUAUACAGCAGGAAGUAAUUCAGAGAAGAUUGAAAGAAGAACUUAUGGGGAAGAAAUUUCUUCUCGUUUUGGAUGAUGUUUGGAACGAAAGACCAUCUAAAUGGGAAGAUGUGCAGAAGCCCCUAGUUUUCGGAGGCCAAGGCAGUAGAAUUCUUGUCACUACACGGAGUGAGAAGGUUGCUGUUACCAUGCGAUCAGAAAAGCACCUCUUGCAAGCAUUAAAAGAAGAUCAUUGUUGGGACUUGUUCGCAAAGCAUGCAUUUGAAAAUGCUGAUCCACAACCAGACCCAGACUUCAUAGAGAUUGGUAAGAAGAUAGUGCAAAAAUGUAAUGGGCUUCCUUUAGCCUUAAAAACUCUGGGAAGUCUAUUACACAAUAAAUCAUCCCUUUGGGAAUGGGAAAGUGUUAUGAAAAGUGAGAUAUGGCAUUUUUCAGAAAAUGAGAGUGAUAUACUCCCUGCUUUAAGACUGAGCUAUUUCCAUCUUCCUUCUCAUCUGAAGAAAUGCUUUGCUUUUUGUGCCUUAUUUCCCAGAGGUUAUCGGUUUGACAAGGAGUGUUUAAUUCAAUUGUGGAUGGCUCAAAAUUUUCUAGCAAACCCUCUACAGAAAAAGAGUCCUAAAGAAGUCGGUGAAGAAUAUUUCAAUGAUCUAUUAUCUUGGUCCUUCUUUCAACAAGCAAGCAACGAAGAGGAAAAGCGUUUUAUCAUGCAUGACCUUCUAAAUGAUUUGGCAAAAUACGUCUGUGAGGACAUAUGCAUCAGGUUAGGAGUUGAUGAACCAAAAGGUAUACCCAAAACAACCCGUCAUUGUUCAUUUUCAUCCUCUAAAUUAUGCUUUGAUGGGUUUGGGAGUUCGAUUGAUACUCAAAAGUUGCAUACAUUUACGCCAACAGAUCGGGGUUGGGUUUGGGUUUGCAAGAUGUCGAUAAAUGACUUGUUCUCCAGAUUUAAGUUGAUACGUGUUUUGUCUCUGUGUCAUUGUCGUAGCCUUGUGGAGGUGCCUAAAUCUGUAGGAAAUCUUAAGCAUCUUCUUUCAUUAGAUCUAUCCUAUACUCAAAUAGAAAAACUACCUGAAUCAAUAAGUUUACUUUUCAAAUUGCAAAUACUGAAGCUAAACAAUUGUCGAAAAUUAAAGGAGCUUCCCUCAUGUUUACAUCAACUCGACAGUUUGCGUUGUCUUGAAUUAGUAGGUAUUGGAGUGAAAAAUGUGGUAGAACAUUUGGGAAAGCUGAAGAAUCCUCAAGUAUCAAUGAGUUCAUUUCAUGUUGAUAAAAGUAAGAAAAUCAAUAUUCAGCAAUUAGGAAAACUCAAUCUUCUUGGAAGUCUAACAAUUGAUGAUCUGCAAAAUAUUGAGAAUCCCUCUUAUGCAUUAGAAGUAGAUUUGAAGAACAAAACACAUCUUGUGGAGCUACGGUUAAAAUGGAAUUUCAUUGGCAGCUCUUCUGUUGAUUCAGAAAAAGCUGAGGAUGUAAUUGAGAAUCUACGACCUUCAAAAUACUUGAAGAAGUUGUCAGUAAGUAACUAUAUUGGUAAGCAAUUUCCAAAUUGGUUACUCCAUAAUUCAUUACCGAAUCUGGUGUCCUUAGUGUUGGAGGAAUGUGAAUCUUGCCAACGUUUACCUCCGCUUGGACUUUUGCCAUUUCUCAAGUACCUGGAGAUUUCAGGGUUGGAUGAGAUAGUGAGUAUUGAUGCUGAUUUUAAUGGGAACAACUCUUGUUCAUUUAAAUCCCUUCAAAAAUUGUAUUUCUCUAAUAUGAGGCAAUGGGAAAAGUGGGACUGCCAAGCUGUGACAGGUGCUUUUCCACGUCUAGAAUUUUUUUCCAUAGGAAAUUGUCCCAAGCUGAAAGGACACCUGCCAAAGUUUGUUGCUUUAAAAUCCCUAUAUGUCUUUCUCUGCGAACAACUUGAAGCUUUGAUGGUCAGUGCGCUAGAAUUACUUCUACAAUAUUGUGGAAAGCUGCAGUUGGAGCGAUCUACAAUGAAAAAGCUCACAAUGGAUGGGCACGACAAGGCAGCAUCAUUGGUGGCAAUGGUUGGACGUAUGCUACUCGACAGUUCUCUUGAAAACCUUUCCAUUUGUUCACUUCUGGAGUCAAUAAGUGAUGAUUGUGUCUCUCUAAGGAUCUUUCCACUGGAUUUUUUCCCAACACUCAGGACCCUUGAACUCAGUGGAUUUCCUAAUCUACACCUGAUUUCACAGGAUCAAGUUCACAAUCAUCUCCAGCAUCUGACAAUCAAAGACUGUCCAAGACUUGAGUCGUACGGAGAUACAGUCCUUCCUUGGAAAGCUUAAGGAUUGAAAAAGUAGAGGUGGAAUGUUUUCCUGAUGAAGGUUUGCUUCCACUCUUUCUUUCCUCUCUAGUAAUAUCUGAUUGCCAAAAUCUGAAAAAACUGAACUACAAGAGUCUCUUAGA